GCGGCGGGGACGACGGGAGGCUGAACCUCGGCGCGAGCGGGCGGCGCCAUGGAGCUAACGGCCCCUCCGCGGCCCUGGGCCUUCCUCUGGCUGGCGGCCGCGGCGCUGCUGCUGCCGGGGGCGGCGGGUAUGUCAUGUUGUAAUCAUGCAAAGGAUAACUUAAUGUGCCGUGAUGUUUGUGAACAGAUUUUAUCCUCUAAAAGUGAUUCCCGUUUGAAACAUUUGCUGCAGCGGGCACCAGAAUAUUGCCCAGAGUCAAUGGGAGAAGUUUGGGGUUGUAUAAAUUCUUCUUUGCCAGGUGUUUUGAAAAAGUCUGAUGGUUGGGUUGGCUUAGGUUGCUGUGAACUAGCUAUUGUUGUGGAAUGUCGACAAGCAUGUAAACAGGCUUCUUCAAAAAAUGACAUUUUGAAAGUUUGCAGAAAAGAAUAUGAGAAUGCUCUUUUUAGUUGCAUUAACAGAAAUGAGAUGGGAUCAGUUUGUUGCAGUUAUGCAGGACAUCAUACAAACUGCCGGGAAUAUUGUCAAGCAAUUUUUCGGACAGACUCUUCUCCUGGUCCUUCACAAAUAAAAGCAGUUGAAAGUUACUGUGCCUCUAUUAGCCCUCAGUUAAUACACUGCGUGAACAACUACACACAGUCAUAUCCAAUGAGAAACCCUACAGAUAGUUUGUAUUGCUGUGACAGAGCAGAAGAUUAUACCUGCCAAAGUGCUUGUAAAAAGAUUCUGAUGUCAAAGAAAACAGAACUUGAAAUUGUUGAUGGACUUAUAGAAGGAUGUAAAACAAUGCCUCUGCCUCAAGAUCCACUUUGGCAGUGUUUUCUUGAGAGUUCAAGGUCUGUUCACCCUGGCGUCACUGUGCAUCCUCCUCCUUCAACAGGCCUUGAUGGGGCUAAAUUGCAUUGCUGUUCUAAAGCAAACACGUCCACAUGUAGGGAGUUGUGCACUAAACUUUAUAGCACAAGCUGGGGCAAUACACAGAGUUGGCAAGAAUUUGAUCGCAUUUGUGAGUACAGUCCAGUUGAAGUUUCCAUGUUGACCUGUUUAGCAGAUGUACGCGAACCUUGUCAGCUGGGCUGUAGAAAUCUCACUUACUGCACUAAUUUUAAUAACAGACCAACAGAACUUUUUAGAAGCUGCAAUGCUCAGUCAGACCAAGGAGCCAUGAAUGACAUGAAGCUUUGGGAGAAAGGAAGUAUUAAGAUGCCAUUUAUAAACAUUCCUGUUCUUGACAUUAAAAAAUGCCAACCAGAAACAUGGAAGGCAAUUGCUUGCUCACUGCAGAUUAAACCUUGUCAUAGUAAAUCUAGAGGAAGUAUUAUCUGCAAAUCAGAUUGUGUGGAAAUUCUCAAGAAAUGUGGAGACCAAAAUAAAUUUCCUGAGGGCCACACAGCUGAAAGCAUUUGUGAACUUCUGUCGCCAACAGAUGACUUUGAGAACUGUAUCCCUUUGGAUACAUACCUUAGCCCGAGUUCUUUAGGUAACAUUGUGGAGGAGGUUACACAUCCAUGUAAUCCAAAUCCUUGUGCUGCCAAUCAGUUGUGUGAAGUAAAUAGAAAAGGAUGUCAGUCUGGAGAACCCUGUCUUCCCUAUUUUUGUGUUCAAGGUUGCAAGUUGGGAGAAGCUUCAGAUUUUAUUGUCCGCCAAGGUACACUUAUUCAGGUUCCAUCAUCUGCAGGAGAUGUUGGUUGCUUCAAAAUUUGUACCUGUGGACAGAGUGGACUGUUAGAAAACUGUAUGGAGAUGCAUUGUGUUGACCUCCAAAAGUCAUGUAUUGUUGGAGGACAAAGGAAAAGCCAUGGAACAUCCUUUAACAUAGAUUGUAAUGUCUGUUCUUGUUUCGCUGGAAACUUGAUAUGUUCCACUCGUCAGUGUCUUAAUGAGCAUAACUCAGCAGAGGAACGUCGUAUGUUUACAGGUCUACCAUGUAACUGUGCUGAUCAGUUUGUCCCAGUGUGUGGGCAAAAUGGACGCACAUAUCCAAGUGCAUGCAUAGCACGAUGUGUUGGGCUCCAGGACAAUCAGUUUGAAUUUGGAUCAUGUAUCUCCAAGGAUCCUUGUAACCCUAACCCUUGUACCAAAAAUCAGAGGUGCAUACCAAAGCAGCAGGUUUGCUUAACGAGUUUUGAGAAGUUUGGAUGUAGCCAGCAUGAAUGUGUGCCAAGACAAUUCAGUUGUGACCAGUUACGGGAUCCUGUUUGUGACACAGAUAAUAUGGAAUAUAAUAACUUGUGUACUUUGUACCAAAAAGGAAAAAAUGUAUCAUACAGGGGUCCAUGCCAGCCCUUCUGCAAAUCAGUGGAACCAGUAUGUGGACAUAAUGGUGAAACCUACAAUAAUGUGUGUGCUGCCUAUUCUGACCGUGUGGCUGUGGACUACUAUGGACAUUGUCAAGCUGUAGGAGUUGUCUCAGACUAUAGUUUACAAACAGAAUGCACCUCUGUUAAAUGUCCUCAUCUUUCUGCAACUGGAUGCAAACCAGUUGUUGCACCAGGAGCCUGCUGCCCACUGUGUGCUGGAAUGCUGAGAGUCUUAUACGAUAAAGACAAGCUGGACACUUUUGCUAAGGUAACCAAUAAAAAGCCAAUAACUGUACUUGAAGUACUUCAAAAAAUCCGUCUACAUGUUUCAGUGCCACAAUGCGACGUGUUUGGAUACUUAAGCAUAGAAUCUGAAAUUGUGAUUCUCAUCAUACCCGUUGAUCAAAACCCCAAACCAUUGCAGAUUGAAGCCUGCAAUAAAGAAGCAGAAAAGAUAGAGUCGCUGAUAAAUUCUGACAGCCCAACUUUAGCAUCCCAUGUGCCGUUAUCCGCACUUAUCACAUCCCAAGUGCAAGUUUCCUGUAGUAUAUCUUCUUCCUCUAUUAAAGCUGUGCCUGUAUUGCAGACCCUGCUCUUGAGCCUUAUAUUGACCUUGCAAGCAUCAAUCAACAAUACAUAACUGCUUAGAAAAUGUGCAAAAUAAAUAUCCUAUUGUAUUUUUUCUAUAUUGCGAAGGACAUUCAGAACUGCUGAUCUAUUAAUAGAGCAAAAUAUAUUUUAACCAGAAAGAAAAAUAUAUAUCAGUUUGGUUCAACAAAAUUCCAGAAAAAGGUUUUAAUAUACUACAUUUUUCAUUAAAAAUGAAUUUUAAAAUAUUUGAAAUAAUCCAAAAGAAAACUCUCCUAUUAAUCACUAAAAUCACUAGUCAAAAGAUUUUUCAAACACAAAUCAUUUUCUUUAUGCACACAUACCUUAAAAAUAUUGUACAAAUCUUUAAACUUGUGAUUCUGUGAAAAGGAAGUUGUUGUUACACAAAAUUUUUCAGCAGUGAACAAACAUAUUGUGAUUUUUGAAAAGUGUUUUUUUUUUGUUAUUAUUCAGAUGUAUAUCAUUGAGAAUUAUGACAAGUAUGCACCUAUUUUAAACAUCAAUUUUUGGAAGAAACAAAAAUUGCUGCUACUUAAAUAAUUUACCAAAAAACGAAUUGAGUAAUUUUUGUGUGAAUAUAUUAUCUUGUAUUUUAUUAUGAAGAAAGCUAAAUAGCCAUGGGCCUCCCCAGCAAACUUACACAUUUGAGUAGCUUUACUCACCUGCUUAAGUGCUUGCAGGAUAUUGGGCCCCAUGUUUGUAAAAUGACAAUCAUUUUCUAAGCCAGAACCUUAUUUACGUUAAGAAAUGGAGAAAUGUAUUCAUUUCUACAGUUCUGUACAUUGCAAAUACCAUGUAUUCUAUCUGAUUUUUUUUAUUGGAUGCAAAAUUAUAAAGCCUCUAUUUAUAAGUGCCAUUUUAAAUAUUGCAGUAUUUGCAUGUUAUCUAAUGAAAUUUACACUUUAAAUAUGUUGAUUUUAUACAAACAAUACAUUAAAAGUUAUUGUGUUGUAUGCACAUUAACUUAAUCUACAUGAAGUGUUUUGUAUCAGUAUUAUAAUAGCUAACUUUUGAAGUUUAUACAGAAAAACUUUUUUGCCAAAACGUUGAACUUUAAAAGAAGGCACUGAAAACUUUUUGAACCUUUUGUAUGUUACUGUAGCAUGUUUGUAGCAAUUAUUUUCUGUUAAAAAAAUAUUUUCAGUGCAAAUGUAUCAAAGCUUUUUUAUUUUAAUAAAAAGAAUGUUUAUUUUCUCAUGUAUACUUAAAAAUAUAUAUGCAAUUUUAUAAAAUCCUCCACAUAUUUCAGUGUGUUUUUGUUCCCUUUCAGAUAUAGCUCCUAGAAAAAAUUAAAUGCAAAAAUAUACAUUUAUGCUAUGUUUAGAUUCUAAAACUUACCGAAGUAAGUAAAUUCUAAGUUACGAUUCUUACAGUAGUUUUGUCUCUCUACUGGCGUCUAAACAUUUUGUAUUCCCCUUAUAGCAGGCGUGUCAAACUCAUUUCGUGGGGAGAGCCGAAUCACAUUUGUUGUUUUGUUAUUGUGUUCCAGGUCUGCAAAAUUAGAGUCAGAUAUAAUCCUCAGUCUACAGAUGAUCUUCCACCUAUCGGCUGGAGAUUUGCACAAAGAUCUACGCUAGAAUUAAGCUCCUACUAGUAACUUUAAAAUUUUUGGGUGUAGUUCUGCAAAGCAGAUUGACACAGUCAGGCUCUUACACCUGCAGAGUCCCAUUGACUUCAUUUUAUAAUCUGACAUGUCCCUCUGAAACCUCCAAGUGCUUUUAUAAGUGUUUGUCUUUUUUGUACAGCCUGUUGUGAAAAGAGCAUGCUAUAUUUUGAUUAAAGUACCCUCUUGCUCAGUG